AAAUUAUUAACCUGUUAUUGUCAAUCAGGGUUUGCUCCUGUUUAUAUCAAUCCAUCUUUAUGUAUCUGCUGAAAGUAAAAAAAAAAAUCAUAUGUACACGUACAGUCAUAACGUUUCAGUGGCUGUUUCACAACAAAAGUUGAUGACAAAAGAAUAUCCAAUUUUUUUAAAUUAAUUUCACUGGAUUCUGAAUGCGUAACAAUUUGCUUUCUUCUCGGGUUCUUGAUGGACAUAAGACGUUAGCAACUUUUAACUUUAAUGUUAGGUACCAUUGUCACGUUGCGUAAGGCUGACAAGAACUUGUUUGCUACAGCACUAUGCAUUUUUGUUGUAACAUGAUUCUGUAGAGGCCUCCAUAAUGCAUUACCAUUUACCAGCAAUCAGGAAUCUUUGUGGAAAUUGUUAACUUGUUAUAGUCAAUCAGGGUUUGCUCUUGUUGGUAUCAUUCCAUCUAUGGUUGUGAUGGAAAUUAAAAAAAAAUUAUCAUCUGUAGACAUACAGUCAUAACAUUUAAGGGGCUGUUUUAGAAACCGAAGUUGACGACAAGCGACUAUCUACAAUUUUUUUUUAGUUGAUCACAGCUCAGAUGUUCAGAUUCUGAAUGUGUAACAUACUGCUUUCUGCUUCUGGGGUUCGCGAUGGGCAUAGACGUUAGCAUCUUUCAAUUUUCAGUGUGGUACCAUUAUCAGAUUGCAUAAGUCUGCCUAGAACUUGUUUGCUAACGUCUUAUGCCCAUAAAAGUAUUUCUUUUCUUUUCCUCCUGUACAAUGACUUCCUCAUAAGUGAGAUUACAAUGCCAGAUCAGUACACUGUACACAAUAUAUUUUUCAUAGUGAUAGCUGUUUUAUCUCAUCAAUGUUUAUUCUAACAUGAUUCCUGUAGAGGACUCCAUUAUGUCUUUCUAGGAAUUAGGAAUCUUUGUGAGAACUGUUAGCCUAUUAUUGCCAACCAGGGUUUUGCUGAUGUUGAUAUCACUUCAUCUUUGUGUUCAUGCUGGAAGUAAAAGAAUGAUCAUAAUAUGUACACUUACAGUCAUAACACUUCAGUGGCUAUUUUAGAAACCAAAGUUGAUGUCAAAAGGAUAACUACAUUUUUUUUACUUCAUUUCAUCACAGCUCAGAUGCUCAGAUUCUGAAUGUUUAACACACUGCUUUCUUCUUCUGGGGUUUGUGAUGGACAUGAGACCUUAGCACCCUUUACUUUUCAUGUUUGGUACGAUGGCCAAAAUUGAUACAUCUGUCAAGGACUUGUUUGCAACAGCACCAUGUACUUUAUCCUAUGAUAAAAAUCCUAGUCAUAUCAAAUAAGCUAUACUUCUGUUUUCCUUCAAAAAGGAUAACCAGAUCAUGUUAUUUUAGCAAUUCCGGACUUGUUUGAUUUACAUGAAAGGCCAUACUAUUUAUUUUUACUUCAUUCCGUGACAGCUCAGAUGCUCAGAUUCUGAAUGUGUAACAUACUGCUUUCUUCUGGGGUUUGUGAUGGACAUGAGACCUUAGCACCCUUUACUUUUCGUGUUUGGUACGAUUGUCAAAAUUGAUACAUCUGUCAAGAACUUGUUUGCAACAGCACCAUGUACUUUUUCAUUUGAUAAAAAUCCUAGUCAUAUCAAAUAAGCUAUACUUCAGCUUUUCUUCAAAAAAGAUAACCAGAUCAUAUUAUUUUAGCAAUUUUGGACUUGUUUGAUUUACUGCAAAGGCCAUACUAUUUAUUUGUACUUCAAAAGAGUUUUAUUUUGUUUUUCCAUACAAAAAGGAAUUGUUUAUUUAGUGAAAUUUAGUAUGCAUAUUGCUGUCUACAUUCAUCUGGAUACAACGUGGAUCAUUAGCUUAACCAUUCUAUCAAGCGCUAGUGUAAUUAAGGUCUGUUAGAGUUCUAGGAUGUGUAAUGUGGACAGGUAAGACCAUAAGAAACCAGGCAAACAACUUAAUGUGGGCAAUGCUUCUGUGAAUACCUAGCCCCAAGUAUGCAUUCCAGUACUAAUGUUGAAACAGUAUCAGUACUUGCCCCAACUAUGCAUUCCAGUAGUAAGAUCAUCAGAAACCAAGCAAACAAAUUGAUGUGGGCAAUGCUUCUGUGAAUAAGUAGCCCCAAGUAUGCAUUCCAGUAGCCCCAAGCAAACUAUCAGUCCAGUGGCAUGUUGUUGGUUUGUACUAUCUUGUAAUGUUGAAACAGUAUUAGUGCAUUUCUUGUUUGUGGAGAUCCGACAGAGACAAGAAAAUAACUUGUUUAUUGUGUUUUAUCAGUUCUGGGUCCUAGAUGGCAUCUUCUACUCUAAAACCAGGUGUGCCUGUUACUUUGCAAGAGCUAGAGCCAUCCUCAGAGAUGUUCAAGCAAGGGGCAUCCCUCCGAGUAACAGGAAUCCUUCAUUCAUAUGAUGUCGACUCUGCGGUUGCCAUUAUUCAAGAUGGCAGCGCGAAGCUCAAGGUCGACACUCAACACCUGAGAGACAUCAGUUUCCGCUGUAGUUCGACAUACCAGUUCAUCGGCGAACUCCUUAUCCAGCCAAACAGCGAUGCAAUUCUACAAGCACGAGUGGGCAGGAAUGUUGACGGUCUCGACCUGAACCUUUACCAGCAGUCUUUGAUCAUCCGACGGCAACAUGAGGCCAAACUACUGAGCUCCAGGAGGGCAUGAUCCAAAGCUGUGGAACCAGGCUGACCACCUUAGCUCAGUUCUUGAAGUGUGUAGCACAUGAGAGCAGGAUCACCUAACACGUGCUGCUGUGCUUCAGUUCGGUAGAUCAUUGGUGCAAACCUACAAAAUAGUACUAGUAGUUGUUAACUGAAUCCCUGAGCACGGGUUAUUCCUCUAGACCACCUCAGUAUCAAGGCUUUUAAGCUCUGUACUCCAUGAGCUCAUAUUUUUGUAGGGUCCGCAUAUCAAUUUCAGAUUGUUUUGUGGGCUGGCAUUCUCUUGCAGCAGAGUUGUUCACAGAGUGACAUCCUAUUAUUGUGAACAGCUAGGAACCUGCCAGUCUGUGUAUCGAGGAAAA